CCCUCAAACGCAUUUAUCUGGGUUGUGCUAUCAAAAUAACUAAAGUCAUUGCACGGCCUUGACAUAUUUGUAGCUUGAAAGAUAUCAAAUUUUUGCAACAUUUUUUUUUGUUUUGGUUGAUAUCAACUACAAGAGAGCCGAUAAGAAUUCGCAGCCAACCUUGAAAAUUGCCAUAAAAAGGGCCCAAUCAACUUGAGCUCUAUCAAAAAAACAGAAAAGCAGCUCAUCAAACAUGUCUUUUAAAGUACAAUUUUCGCUCUGCCUAGUUCUCCUGAUCGGAGUUAUAAGUUCAAUUCAAGGAGAAGUUUUUCCGCAGUGUGCGAAUGCGGAUGUGGACACCUUUGUAAUGGCCAUCGACGACUGUGCCUCGUACAUCUACUGCAAUGGAGUCGACUCCUUCCGGGACAGCUGUCCGGAGUCCACAUACUUCGAUGACAGGACCCAGGAGUGCGCCUUCGACGAUGCCGGAGUCUGUCUAAGGGAGUCCAUUUCCGUUUCGACAGAGGAGCUGCCUGAUCAGCAGGCAUCGCAAGGAGGAGAAGGAGAUGGUGGUACCGGUAACAGCACUCCAGGACCCACACCACCUUCCCAGGAUAUCAGCACAGCCUCAUCCAGCCCGGAUAUCACCAAUCCCUCUGUAGAUUCUCCCCCAUCCUCUCCAGCUCCCUCACCAUCCUCUCCUGCUCAGGAAAGGCCACACUGCGACACAACCGGAGAUGGAGACCAUCCUCAUCCCCAGCGUUGCGAGUAUUUCUACCGAUGCCUCGGCGGUUACCUGACCAUUGUCCGGUGUCCUUACAAAUAUGGCUGGGACUUUCCCACGAAGCAAUGCCAGCCGAUCACCGAAGCUCAGUGCUUUAGGAAUAAUUCCUAGGUCAGGGAAAAGAACUCCCCAGGGAAAGAAAAUCUCUUAAACUUGAGUGUCUCAGAAAAUCAAGAGAUUAAACUUUUUUUCCUUGAACCUCUUGAUUUUGGCUGCUUUCUCGAUAUAAGUUUGUAAAUGUAAAGCUAUAGAGAAUUGUUGUUUGGAAUUUUGUUUAAGAUGUGUGUUGUUUUUCUAAUAUUUUGUUUUUCAGUUUAAAGUUUAUAGGUUUAAGUUAGUAAU